AUGUUCUAGACUCGCUAACAAAAUCCUAAUAUCUUGCAAUAACCUCUAAGGGAGCACCAAUCACUUAAAAUAGAAGCAAAGACAUGGAUUAGAGAUUCUCAUGGUCUAUAUGAUUACGAAUCCUCCUAACUUAAUGUUCAGAAUCUGAAAGUAACAGGGCAAUAGGUUCCAACUGCUUAAAUUGAAAAAAGCAAUGACCCAUAAAUUAAAUAAGAUGUCUUGAUGAAAGGGGGUUAUAAGAAUGGGAAGUACUACAUUUUUCACUAGAAAUCGCUCACUGAUGAUAGUUUUGAUGAUGCAUCACAGAUGGUCUGGUUUAUCAUUAAAUAUCUAGAUUUAAGGGCAAUGAAAUUUUCAAGCAGGAAAGUCAUUGAUGAAAAACAUUUGAGUCGAUACCCUUUGUCUCAAGGUGAAAUUAUUAAGUUCGGCAGAGUAGCAUAUAAGAUCUCAAAAAUUUAUAAACCAAAUAAGAAUUCCAAUGUAAAUAGCAACUAAAAGCAUAGUACUUCAGUAUAAGGAGGACUUGAUGUCACUCAGACUGAAGGAGAUAAUUAUCAAACAAGGAACUAUGAGAACUGGGAUGAUGACAAUAAUUCCAAAGCACCACCUGAUUUGCGCCCUGUUAAUUUUAAAGAGGCUACAGAUGGCGAUAAACUAAACCUCAAAGAGUUAAAACGUCCUCAAACUGCUUAAAUGUGUAGAAUUUGCUUGAGUGAAGAUGAAAUUGAAUAAGGCAAUCCGCUUGUAAGUCCAUGUAAGUGUUCUGGAAGUAUGAGUAUGAUUCAUGUUAAGUGUAUAAAUGAAUGGCUUAAUAAUAAGAGAGAAACAAGAGUUUCAGCAACAACUUCAUCUUAUUAAUGGACCAUAAUUGAAUGUGAGCUAUGCAUGCAAAAGUUUCCUGAUACUGUUGUUGCAUCAAAUGGAAAAGUAUAUAAGAUAUUUGAUUUUGAAGAGCCGACAAAUGAAGAUAAUCCAUACAUUAUAUUUCAAAGUGUUUUUUAAAGUAAAAAAGUUAAAACUUUUCAUGUUGUUUACACUUCUAAAAGGAAAAUUACUAAAGUAGGGAGAGCUUAUGAGACAGAUAUGCGAGUGCCAGAUAUUUCUGUUUCUAGACUUCAUUCUCAAAUAGUGUAUAAGAAUGAUCAAUUUUACCUAGAAGACUUAGAAUCUAAAUUUGGGACUUUGCUACUUUUACACAAGCCCUUCUAAUUUGAUGAUGCCCUUAAAAAUAUAAGAGUUUAAGUUGGCAGGACUAUAAUUAAAGUUGAGAAUAUAAGAUAGACUUAAUCUAAGGAGGAGGAAAAAAAUUGCUUUAAAAAAAUCUUUAUUGAUUAGAACCAGCAAGUAAAUGAAUACAUUGCAAAAGACAAAGAAUUUUUCCCCAAAGAAAUAAAUAAGCUGAUAGAAUUAGAGGAAAUAGAAAAAGAGCAGAAUGCUCAUGAUAAAAUAAAGAUUGAACUUGUGAAGGAAGAUUUUGGGACUAUUUAAUAGUUCAGCAAUCCUUACUAACUCACAGCAAGAUAAGCUUUAUUAACAUCAAAUGAUUUCGAGACCGCCAGAUAUUCUGAUACCUAGACAAAUUUAGCUCAAUAACUAUCAAUUAGUAUGAAAUUAAAUCUGUUCAUAAUUGAUUUAGCUAAUUAAGUUUCAGCUGAUAAUAUGAUUCGAAAUAAUUAUUAGAGACGAAGACUCGGACCAGAUGCUCCUUUAAGAUAACGAGAAGAGUAAAAGAGGAAUUAUCCCCAUAUGAAUAUCCUAGAUAACUAUCGCUCAUCAAUUGCAGGAGGGGGUUAUGAAUAAGCAACUCAACAUUAAGUGCUAGGCCCAGGUUAGAGCUUUAUUUCUCAGCCAAACAUGCUAUCAUCAAAUGCACACUAAGACGAUGACGAUCCCUAAGUUGAGGAGAUAAUUAACAGAGCACUUCUAAAAAGCAGGAAUACUAUUAAUGAAACUAGCAUGUCAUUUAAUGAGAGAUUACGCAAGCAGCAUGAUAUGGAAAUGCAAGAAAACUAUGUUAUCAAGAGUAAUAGCAAUUCACCAAAGGUUAAAAUAAAUAAGCCAGACUAGCAGCAGACAAGCACUAAUGAAAAAUAGCAAACAUCCCAUAUUGCGAUGAUUGCUUAGAAAAUCUAUAGCUACAACAAUCACUAAAAAGCUAAUAGAAGAAGAUAAAAACAGGAAGGAGUAGGCGAAAAUUCAUUAGAAAAAGAAAAUACUUAGAUCUCGUGUAAACUAACUAGUUUAGAAAGCUACAAGAGAAGAAUAAUAAUGCAAGAUUCACGGGAAGCAUCAGUGCGAGUAUAAGAUGAAAAUAGACUUAAUUGGAAAAUCAAGGCUUAGCUGAAAUAAUAGGUUAGAUCCAUAUCAAUCUGA